CGCGAAAGCCCCGAGACCUAAGCACUAGCCCCCAACGAAACCGAAAGGAAAUCCAGUGGGAUCACGAGUUCUACCGAGAUGGCGAUGGACGCGGGCAUCGGCGGCCGCCGCCUGACGCGGCUCCGCACGCUCGGCCGCGGCGCGUCGGGCGCCGUCGUGUCGCUCUUCGCGGCGGGCGACGAGGGCGAGCUCCUGGCCGUCAAGUCCGCGGCCGGCGCCGCGGGGGCGGCGCAGCUGCGGCGCGAGGGCGGGAUCAUGGCUGCCCUCCGCUCGCCGCACGUGCUCCCCUGCCUGGGCUUCCGCGCCGCCGCGGGCGGGGAGUUCCAGCUGCUCCUCGAGUUCGCGCCCGGCGGCUCUCUGGCCGACGAGGUGGAGAGGAAUGGGGGCCGCCUCGCGGAGGCCGCCGUGCGGGCGUACGCGGCGGACGUCGCCCGGGGCAUCGCGUACCUCCACGGGGAGGAGUCCGUGGUGCACGGGGACGUCAAGGCGAGGAACGUGGUGAUCGGUGCCGACGGGCGCGCCAAGCUCGCGGACUUCGGGUGCGCCAGGCGCGUGGGCUCCAAGGGCCCGCUCGGCGGCACGCCGGCGUUCAUGGCGCCCGAGGUGGCGCGCGGGGAGGAGCAGGGGCCCGCGGCCGACGUCUGGGCGCUGGGAUGCACCGUCAUCGAGAUGGCCACCGGCCGCGCCCCGUGGACCGAUCUGGACAUGGACGACGUGGUCGCGGUGGUGCACCUGAUCGGGUACACGGACGCCGUGCCGGAGGCGCCGGAGUGGCUGUCGGCGGAGGCGAAGGAUUUCCUGGGCAAGUGCCUGAGGCGUGACGCCGGCGAGCGGUGGACGGCGCCGCAGCUUCUGGAGCACCCGUUCCUGGCAUCCGCGGGCUGCGGCGUCAAAGCAGAGGACGCAAAGCCCAAGUGGGUGUCUCCCAAGAGCACGCUGGAUGCCGCAUUUUGGGAGUCAGACGCCGACGACGAGGACGACGAGAUGCCAGAGAGCGCAGCCGACAGGAUCAGGGCAUUGGCAGGUCCGCGCUCGGCGUUGCCGGACUGGGAAUCCGACGAUGGUUGGAUCGAAGUGUGCGGCGGCUGCUCUGAACUUUCUGACGCCACGACCGCUGGCCAAGAAGCGAAAUUUCCAGCCGCGCAAUGUGAAUUUCCCAGCACGCCGGUGGCCGCAUCACCGGAGCAGGUGCACAGUGAAGUUCCUGAUGUUCUACCCGUGGCUGCGCCGGCAGCGGAGACGACGAGCUACGAAAACUUCUGGUGGGGAGAGUCAGAAGCAGAGCUGGAGACUGAAUCUUUUGGCGCUAACUUGGAUGCUGACGAUGAUCCUGUGCACAAUGUAGGAGCUGCCGGUGCCUAUGUGCAUCAGCAACAGCAAGAUUUUUAUGAGAAUUUCACCAGUAAUCCAAUUGUACUCCAUCUUUGUAUUUCUGAAGAAAUAGCAAAAAAUUCCUUUCAUUGUCAAAUUGCCCCCUUUCAUCUUCCUCCUACUCUGUUCGUCUUCUAAUUUGCCCCUUUACUAACACCAAACUGACAGAA